UAAAAUUGUGUUGAGGUUUAAAAACGCGGCGCGGUGCUGAGCAUUCGUUUUUCGACAGUCGUGUGGGACGGUUUGAUAGAAAUUUGUUGGUUUCAUCGGAAGUCAUUUUUCGCUGCUUAAUUAACAAUAAAAUUUGAAGUAAAGAACAAACUUGUAUGUUCUUUUCGCAAUUUAUAAGUAAAUUUACAGAAAAAAUACAAUUUACAAUGCCACAGCUUCAAAAGCCAGCACCAUUCUUUAAAGGAACCGCUGUUGUCAAGGGUGCCUUUAAAGAAAUUUCAUUACAUGAUUACAGAGGAAAAUAUCUAGUUCUAUUCUUUUAUCCGUUGGAUUUCACCUUUGUCUGCCCAACGGAAAUCUGUGCAUUUUCCGAUCGUGCUGUUGAAUUCCGUAACAUCGGAUGUGAUGUAAUUGCUUGCUCUACCGACAGCCAUUUUACCCAUUUGGCUUGGAGCAAUAUUGCACGUCGUCAAGGUGGUCUAGGCGAAAUGGAUAUACCAUUAUUGGCUGAUAAAUCAAUGAAAAUUGCACGUGACUAUGGUGUUCUCGAUGAAGAAACUGGUAUUCCAUUCCGUGGUCUAUUCAUUAUUGAUCGUGAACAAAAUUUACGUCAAAUAACUAUGAACGAUUUACCCGUUGGACGUAGUGUUGAUGAAACUUUACGUUUAGUGCAAGCUUUCCAAUUUACCGAUGAACAUGGUGAGGUAUGCCCAGCUAACUGGAAACCUGGUCAUAAGACUAUGGUUGCUGAUCCAGCCAAAUCUAAAGAAUAUUUUGCUUCUGCGUCCUAAAUUCAACAAACAUAUAUUUAAAUUCAAUCGAAAUGUAUUACUUCUCAACUCCGGUAGUUGUUAUAAACAAAUAAUAAUAUAAGUUUAAAAUAUCGAAAUACAUUAUACACAUUUACAACCACACA